AUGGCUGGUCGUGUGGCAUCGGCUACGGCCUUGGCUUUGACCGCCGGCAGCAUUGCCUUCGUGGCACCCAAGGCCCAGGACAGCAGGGCGACCCACCUCCGAGCAGCGCCAUCCAGCGGUGCCCGCGCCGCCGGCACCGGUGCCGCCUUUGGGGUCGCAGGCAGCGCAGCGGUGGCAGCCGUGGGGCUGGCGAUCAGCAGCCGUAGCACCAAAGCAGGCGUUGCUCGCAAGGGCACGGUGGGCGUGUGCCUGCCGCUGUCGGAGAAAUUUGAUCCGCUGGAGCUGAGCAGCACAGAUGCCAAGAUGGAGCGCUACACCCAGGUGGAGAUUAAGCACGGCAGGGUAGCCAUGAUCGCUGUGAUGGGUUACAUUAUGCCUGAGAUCUUCCGAUUUCCAGGUUGCGAGUCCUUCGAGCACGGCUUGAAAGCCUUGGGAUCCAUCCCAUUGGAAGGUUGGGUGCAGCUGGUGGCCCUGAUUGGUGCCCACGAAGUGUUGGUGAAGCCUCGCGAAGGCGGCCUGGGUGCGUUUGACUUCGGCUUGGGCACUGAGUUGUUGGAUGGCAUUGAUGAGGAGGAACUGGAGCGCAAGCAGACCGCUGAGCGCAACAACGGUCGUUUGGCAAUGAUCGCCAUCAUGGGACUCAUGGUGCAGGAUGGCAUGUUCGGAGAGCCGCCUUUGACAUACAUGUCGAAGAACGGCUGGUGGGGCGAGCCGGUGCAAUUCUUCGUUCAGCACAUCAACAACUGCCAGUCCUUCGAUGGCUCACCGAUCCAAAACGGCAGCAUCUGCGCCCUGCCAAGCCGCAUUGGCCGAACGCAGCUGCGCGCGGUGCAGCAACUCAGCGAGGGACCCUAUGUGGAGACGGAGACCUAUCCCAAGGAGAUGGAGAUGUCUGCUGCUGUGCCCUUCCUCCGGUACCCACAGGUGCUGAAGGGCUGGGUGGGUGAAGAGAAGGGCUUCGAUCCAUUGGGCGUCACAGAUGCCCUGCCGGUCUACUGGGUGCGCGAAGCCGAGCUGAAGCAUGGCCGAGUUUGUAUGCUGGCCACUGUAGGCUGGAUUGCCACGGAUCUGGGCUUCCGCUUCCCGGGCGACAAGUUCCAAAGCGUGAGCAACGCCUUUGAGGCGCAUGACAAGAUGGUGGAGGCUGGCUACAUGCUUCCCUUCCUCGGCGCCAUUGGCACCUUCGAGCUCUACUCCCUGUGGCUUCUCUUCAAGGGCUGGGAGAAAGAGGUGAAUCGCGAUGCGGGCGACUUCUUCUUGGGCAAGCAGUUCCUUCCCAAGGAGCCUGAGAAGGAGAAAGACAUGCGUCUGAAGGAGCUGGAAAACGGACGCCUGGCCAUGUUCGCCUUCAGCGGCAUCGUGACGCAGGCAUCGGCUACGGCCUUGGCCCUCUCCGCCGGCAGCUGCAUGGCAUUUGUGGCACCAACUGCACAGGACAGCUCCGUGGGCCACCUGCGCGCUGGCCAUGGCGCCUCUGCCCCCAGUGCUCCCCGCUCCAGCGGCGCCAUCGGCGGCAUCGCGGGGCUCACGGCAGUGGCCACGGUGGGGCUGGCGGUGAGCAGCCGCAGUGCCAAAGCAGGCACUGCCCGAAGGGGCACCGUGGGUGUUUGCUUGCCUCUGACGGACAAGUUCGAUCCCUUGAACUUGAGCAGCACAGAUGCCAAGAUGGACCGUUACACCCAGGUGGAGAUCAAGCAUGGAAGGGUAGCCAUGAUCGCCACCAUGGGUUAUAUCAUGCCAGAGCUUUUCCGAUUUCCUGGCUGCGAGUCCUUUCAGCACGGUCUCGGCGCCUUUGAGUCCAUUCCUGUGGAGGGCUGGGUGCAGUUGGUGGCCUUGGUGGGUGCCCAUGAAGUCUUGGUGAAGCCACGUCAAGGUGGUUUGGGCCCAUCGGACUUCGGCCUUGGCACUGAAUUGCUGGACGGCAUUGAUGAUGAGGAGCUGGAACGCAAGCAGACUGCGGAGCGCAACAACGGUCGUUUGGCCAUGAUUGCCAUCAUGGGCCUGAUGGUGCAGGACGGCAUGUUCGGAGAGCCACCUUUGACUUACAUGUCUAAGAACGGUUGGUGGGGCGAGCCGGUGCAGUUCUUUGUGCAGCACAUCAACAACUGCCAGUCCUUCGAUGGCUCACUGAUCCAAAACGGCAGCAUCUGCGCCCUGCCAAGCCGCAUUGGCCGAACGCAGCUGCGUGCGGUGCAGAAACUCAGCGAGGGACCCUAUGUGGAGACGGAGACCUAUCCCAAGGAGAUGGAGAUGUCUGCUGCCGUGCCAUUCCUCCGAUAUCCUCAGGUGCUGAAGGGCUGGGUUGGCGAAGAGAAGGGUUUCGAUCCUUUGGGCGUGACGGAUGCCUUGCCGGUCUACUGGGUGCGAGAAGCAGAACUGAAGCAUGGCCGAGUCUGCAUGCUGGCCACUGUAGGCUGGAUUGCCACGGACCUGGGCUUCCGCUUCCCAGGCGACAAGUUCCAGAGCGUCAGCAACGCCUUUGAGGCCCAUGACAAGAUGGUUGAGGCUGGUUACAUGCUUCCCUUUCUCGGAGCUAUUGGCACCUUUGAACUCUAUUCCUUGUGGCUUCUCUUCAAGGGCUGGGAGAAAGAGGUGAAUCGUGAUGCUGGCGACUUCUUCCUGGGGAAGCAGUUCCUGCCCAAGGAGCCCGAGAAGGAAAAGGACAUGCGAUUGAAGGAGCUGGAAAAUGGUCGCCUGGCCAUGUUCGCUUUCAGUGGCAUUGUCACACAGGAUGAUAUCCAUAUCCAGGAUGCCCAUGACAUGAGGUCGCCUCGGUCUCCUGAAUCUGCCAACGGCUGUCCAAAGUUGGGGGUGCACAAAGAUGUAGCCCAAGUCUCAGUGGCCACGGUGGCCACAUCAUCGCACGACACCCAGACGGAGCCCAUGGACAGUAUGGUGGAGCAGCCCCAGUCAGGCGGCCCGACCCCAUCGCAGCUGGAGCCGGAGCCGCCGCGCUGGGAACGCCGGGUCUUGGAGCUGCUGGCUGAGGAGUCUCCCAAACGCGCUGAGGCAUUGCCGCUGAAGCGUGGAAACGACAUUGGGUCUGGAUAUGCCCUUCGCGAACUGGCCAAGAGUGCAGACAAGGCUAAGGAGCUAAAGAAGACCUUGCAGAAAGAUCACCGGGAGGUGCGUGGUGAAUAUUGGCGAAUUGCGCGGAGAUUGGUGAGGAAGAGAGAUUUAUUUGUUCAAUCGCAGGGUCGAAACGAGACUAGCCAGCAAUACACCCGCCCGACUUGGCUCAGCUGGGGGUGGGACGGGGAAGGUCCCGAAGUCCCGACACUGAUGCAUCCUCCCAUGAUUCAAGAUCGUGCCAUGCAUCCUGCAGUUGUUGCAGUCCCGGUAUAA